UAACAUAGUAGGUCCAUGCUUUGAGUACCCUCUCAUCAUCUCUCAUGCACUCACCCUCUUUUUCCCUCUCUCCCCAUCUCGCCAGCUCCAUCCGCCAAGCCCCCAACCACCACUGUAUGAAUUCCUCCCUCCCUCCGUCGUCGUAUCAUUAUACAGAAUUAACAGGUCGGAGCUCGUAUCACGGCAACGGCGUGCCGUGUUGAUUGCUCUGGGGAUCUCUAUCCCAUUAAAAAUUGCCCCGUCCAUUGGUGUGCAGGGCUUCUCUCUCAGUUCAAUUCUCUUUUCCCGUCUUCUAUCCGCCGGUCAUCGUGACGUGCGCGCAGGCAUGGAUGGAUAGCCAGCCAGUUCACUCUGCGUGUGAUCUUGCCACGGAUAGCUCAUAACCAUCUCAUAAUAUCUCUCUUAAUCAGACUUACCAUUUAACGACGAUCUCCGUGUGCAUCCACGAAUGUCUCUCGAAGACUUGGGUCUUUGAUCAUCGUUUAUUAUUAUCUCUCUGCAUUGUUUACUGUUACUGCGUAUGGUUCAGUGAUACACUAGGAUAUUUGUUUUGAGUAAGACUCCUCCAACAGAUUAAAUUCUACCUGGAAUUCAGCUGUCAUACCAAGCCUUAGGCGAUCGCUGACAUACUUUGAGAGGGUGCACUGAAAGCCCUCAUCGUGUGGUAUCCAUCAAACAUGAGAUGAAAGACACGGCAAAGCCCUGUAACUCGAUUAUCCAUACUAGAUCACUGUAAACACACACCCCACUCAUUAUCUACCAUCUUGAACUUGCAUCAGUCGACACCUUUUAGACAAGAAGAUCCCACGGUUAAUUAGGCUUGUUGUUGGAGCUAUCAAGACGCAGCAGCCUGCUUGUUUUCGUGCUGCUCCUGAUGGUGACUGAAUUAUCGCCCAUACCGCAAUUGAUUUCUGGAUGAGUGGCUGCGCCUUGCUUCUGUCUCGUUGCAUGCUUGGAUGAUCCUGUGAAGCAGUCACAUGCUGGAUUGAUAUGUGGGGCAAUUUGUUUGGUGUGGAGUAGCUCUGGACCAGCUGAGCCGUCGAUGAGAAGUGUUGAGAGGCACGAUCAUCGCUAAAGGAACGAAAAAGCAAGUUAAUCGAGCGUAAGCUUCGAUCAAUAUGACAUGAAUUUAGAGCUGGUAGAAGCAAGGUGAGUUGCGUCAUCGUACCAAGUGAAUAUCAUCUCCAUGAUGGAAUCGCUGGGAUUAGCGCCUGUGGUUUUAUAAAUACCUGUCCUUCGACCUGAUAUUCCUGGCAUCCUUUACCUUUGUCAUUCAUGUGCAUACGAUCCUGAUCCUAAAUGAAGCAUUAAAUGGGUUUUUGAUGAGGAAAGGAACGCACUUCUUCAGAGAGUACAUGUUUUAAUCUUCAAGAACAUAAACAAUGUGAAUAAUUGCUGCAAAAGGAAACAAUACAGUUAGGACUUCAUGAAGUGGCUCUGUUCCAGGGGGGUUGUAAUUUGUACCUAGGUGUCACUGUCAACCUGAAAUGAAUGUCUCUGACAAAGAGAACAGCGCGUGGCAACCCCUCCGACUCCAAGCACAAACGCCACUACCCGUUCUUGGCGCACAGCUCCCGUCACCCCAGCAACGCCUACUACACACCCCUCCAAGGGGCCGGUGAUCUCCGCUUCUACCCCCCGCCCGGCUCCACCAACCCGACCCAGCUUCGCCAGCACCACCAUCCGACGAAGAACAAGAUGUCCAAUGCUUCGCGGCAGGUUGGUAAUCGCAGGCUCCCGCCCCUGCCGGCACCGGGUCAGAACAGACGUAACCAGCCCACCAGCCCCCAUGGUGCAGGGAAGAGUAGCGUUGGUGGGUCAUCUACCUACCAUGGUAGCCAAACAUCAAGCGCCAGAAGCAGAGGAGGAAGUAGUACCUCAAGUUAUUCUGGUGUACGUGUCAGCGUCAGCUAUGAUAUGAUCGUCAAAGGUUUGUCAACAUACGGAAAUGGAUAUGCCAAAAAUAAUAAUAGAAUCAGCCAAUCACAGGCGACAUCAGACCAGAUAGGCCAUAUACCAGAAAAUAUUGUGCAAGAGCACAUCCGGCACUACCUGGACGAAAACCCGCAAUUCCUGGAGGACUACAUCCUCAACCACACCAGCGCUGAACAGGUGGAAAAAUGGCUGAACAGCAUUCGCAGGAAACCCGCACCGAGGAGUGCCGGACGUAGCCCCGGACACCAGACACAGGCCCUGAAGCGGCCCCUGUUGCAGAGCUCAACUUCAACCAUCGGUAUCCCUGGGCCACAUAAUUCAAAGCUCGAAGGAACGUUUACAGGGGAAACGAUACGAGCUUCACAUGCCAAUGCAAGACAGUGGAAGAGUUCAGCGUUUCAGGAGAGGAGAAAACAGAUGUAUGAUCUAGCCAUCGAUAUUCAGACCUACAAUCAUAGAUUAGGUCUCAUCAAUGAACUAGCUAUAUGUAUUGAAGAAAGAAUUCAUGCUGAUGGAUACACUCUUUAUGCUGUUACAGGAAACGGCUCGGAGUUGUUUGAAUACAAGGGCAAUGAAAAGAGUGAGCCUGGGCAGAGACCGACAUGGGCGGUGGCCAAAGGUCAAACCAUCAGUGGCUAUGUGGCCUACUCUGGUCAAGUGGUCAACACAAAAGACCCAACAGGGAAUGAACUUCAUCCCCACGGUGUAGCAGCACAAAGUGUAACAGCCCAUGCUGUAUUGGCUCUUCCAGUUAUCGAGCUUACAGACGAACUUUCAGGAUCCGAAUGUGAGCACCAUAAUCAAGUGGCGGGCGUGUUGGAGUUUUACCGUUCUGAUGCCAAAGCAUUCUCAACAGAGGAUGAGAUGCACGCUGACUCGUAUUUAUUAUGGGGGACGCUAACCGUGCAUUAUGCACAGUUUGGAAAUGACAAGGACUUUGACAAAAAGCUGUACGUUGACAUGAUUAGACAACGGAAACAGAAUGAUUUCCUGCUUGCUGUUACAAAAUCAAUCUUCACAGAUAUUGUCAGUAUGGACAGUGUAAUCAUGAAAAUCAUGAACUUUGCUCAGAAAUUAGUAAAUGCAGACAGGGCUUCACUGUUCCUGGUGGACAGCAAGAAGAAUGAACUGUACGCUAGGAUCUUUGACAUCGGUAAUGGUCUCGGUAACCCCAUGGAUGACAAAGACCAAAAAGAGAUCAGGUUCUCAAUGGCAAAAGGAGUUGCUGGUCAUGUGGCUUCUACAGGGGACAUCCUCAAUAUUCCUGAUGCAUAUCAAGAUGAGAGAUUUAACAGAGAGGUCGAUCUUCAAACUGGUUACGUCACCAAGACCAUCCUGUGUAUGCCUAUCUACAUCAGAGGAAAUGUAAUAGGCGUUGUUCAGAUGGUGAAUAAGAAGAACGGGCUGUUCACUCGGGCAGAUGAACAAGCGUUCGAGACGUUUGCAGUCUAUUGUGGUCUGGCGUUACAUCAUGCAAAGCUGUAUGACAAGAUCCGACGGUCAGAGCAGAAACAUAAGGUCGCUCUAGAAGUUCUCAGCUACCAUGCGAUGUGCAUGGAUAACGAGUUCAAAGGUCUCAGGAACAUGCCUCUCCCUGACCCCAUGCCUGACAUAGCAAGAUAUGACUUUUCUCCAUGGGGAUUAGAAGAGGAAGCUAAGCCGCUGUAUGUGCUAUGUAUGUUCAAGGAUAUGUUUGAUCUCAACAAUCCACCACCAGGUCAUCCUGAUCAUCAACAAAGGUUUGACUAUGAUGAGCUCUGUCGAUUCAUCUUAACCGUUCGGAAGAACUACCGUAGAGUGCCCUACCAUAACUGGACCCAUGCCUUCUCAGUUGCUCACAGUGUCUAUACUAUGAUCAAGACUGGCAACGGCCAAGUCUUCAAUCCAUUAGAGGCCUUGGCUCUGUUUGUCGCCUGCCUAUGUCAUGACCUUGAUCAUCGGGGCAAGAACAAUGCCUUCAUGGUGAACACUGCAUCACCUUUAGCUUCGGUCUACUCCACCUCAACGAUGGAACACCAUCACUUCAACAUGACCAUAACGAUACUCCAGAAUGAUGGCCACAAUAUCUUCAAGCACUUAUCGUCAGAAGAAUACAAGCAAGUCUUGGGUGACAUCAGACAUGCCAUCCUAGCUACGGACCUGGCUCUCUUCUUCCCAAACAAAGCCAAACUCAAGAAGAUUGUUGAAGAGAAGAAGUUCUCUUGGGACAACCAAGAACACAGAAGUCUGUGCCGUGCUAUAGCCAUGACAGCAUGUGACCUGGUGGCGGUAGUCAAGCCAUUUGAUCUACAGCAGAAGGUUGCACUUGAAAUCUUCGAGGAAUUUUACCAGCAGGGUGAUGAGGAGAAAGCGGCAGGUAGGAACCCUAUUCCUAUGAUGGACAGAGACAGAGCUCAUGAACUUCCAGCUAAUCAGGUGUCAUUUAUCGUUGGUAUCUGUCUGCCGUGUUACGACCUUUUGGCUCAGCUUGUUCCUUCUGCUAAGCCUAUGUAUGACGGAGCGGCGAAGAACCUUCAGAACUGGUCUGCGCUCGUCGCCAAACAGAAAUCUGAAGAAGAGGAAAAGAAAGAGCUGGAGGGCAAGAACGAUGGCGAUAACAAGAAGGAAGAGAAGAAACCAGACAAAGCACCUCCCGCUAAACCUCCACCAUCUCGCACAACCAGCAAGAUCCCUAAAGAAGUUUUAGAUAGUGAUGAUGGCCUCGAAUAGAUCACUUCUUCUAGAUUCAUCGGAUGGAAGACCUCUGUUCAAACUUCGUGAAAGGGUCAGAUACAUUUCCUUCCGCUAAAUCUCCACCAUCUCAUACAACCAGCAAGACCCCUAAAGAAGUUCUAGAUAGUGAUGAUGGCCUCGAAUAGGUCACUUCUUCUACAUUCAUCGGAUGGAACACCCCUGUCCAAACUUAGUGAAAGGGUCAGAGACAUUGCCUGCUGCAACCUCCACCAUCUUGUACAAGCAAUAACUUCCCUGUUAAGGAGUUCUACAUGUAGUGGUGAUGGCCUCAAAUAGAUCACUUCUUAUAGAUUUGGUGGAUUGAACACCUCGGUUCAAACUUCGUGAAAGGGUCCUGGAAACACCCCCUGCAUUGAGUUGACUUUAAACUCAGAUCUUUCUGCAAAGUUCUAAAUACGACCAUACCAUUAGAAUUCAGUUAUUAAAGUCAGAUGGGUAUCAGUUUUAAUUGGCGGUGGUUGAUUAUUUGCUGACUCCAGGUUUGGUGAAAAGCAUUGCAAAUACCUGUAGCAGAGACAUCUUUGGGGGGAAGCAAACUCGGUGUACCAUCAAGAAAUUCUUCGGCAAAACCUGCAUGGCCUCAGGCAACUGUCAGGGCAAGGAAAAUUCAGAUAAUGACUUUACCUUGAGGUAAUUUCCAUUGGCAUUACAUGACGUCUGCUGGUCAUAAAUCUUGUUCUACUCUGGGUAAUUAAUAUCCAAAUGGUGUCACACACCCCAUGAAAACAUUCAACACGGAACUUCUAUUCAAAGAUAAUCAUGUCUUUGCUAUAAUGUUGAUAUCACCAAUUGUAUAUAUAUUUAUAUGGGCAUAAAGUAUAAAAUAUACUUUUCCUUUGCAGGUUUUUUUAAUAGAUGAAUAAUAUCAACUGGUAUAGCUUUUCAUUCCAGAGUAGAAUUUUAAAAGCAUGCCAUUUUUUUUUUCAAAAUGGCAAUGUGUAAAGUAUGCUUUUACAUGAUGUUGGCUUAGUACACCUAAUUAUUUAAGUACAUCAAAAAUUGUUCAAAUAAAUUAUUGUUGAUUUCUAGCAUUUAAAGGGGGAAUCCACCAUACUUAUAUGUUGAUUCUACUAAAAGAAGACAACACGAGAAUAUUUCAUUGAACAUUGAAUUCAGGUUUAAAAAGUUUAAAAGGUUCAAACAUUAUUUAAUUCAAUAUUGUUUGUGAUGUCCCUUCCGAGCCGCCCAUUAAAGCCUCAUGUACUAGUUCUGUAGAUUGUGAUUUCAUCAGACAUUCAAAAUGGAUUAUAUCCAUUCAACAAAUCUGAAAUUUAUAUAUUUCAUACAUGAUUCUAGAAAAAAAAAACACUCAUUCAUUAUUUACCAUACAAAAAAAAUAUAUUUAUGGACCAUGGCAAAGCUCAGAAGGGAUACCAUAAUACAGAGGCGGCGGA